AACGAGAAUUUCUUUCUCAUUUUCAUUCUCACGCACGUCGUCUGCUGAAGUCAACAAGUGCUCCGCAGCCGAACCAUGUCGACUCAAACAUUUGUUGGUCAAAUUGUACAUUCGAAGUCGCUCAAUGAACUCGAAGUGAUUCCGAAUGGAUUCGUUGCAGUUUCCGGUGGGAAGAUUGUCGCUGUUGGCUCCGACUACAGCACAUGGAAGCAGGCAGCAGGCCGCGAAGUGGAGGAGACACUCCUAUCACCAUCUCAGUUCGUAAUGCCCGGUUUCGUUGAUUGCCAUAUUCAUGCCCCACAAAUGCCGAAUCUUGGACUGGGCCUGGAUUCGCCUCUAUUGGAAUGGCUGGAGAAGUACACUUUCCCCAUGGAGUCGCGGUACCGUGAUACCGCUUUCGCCCAGCGCAUUUAUCAGAAAGUCGUGGAAACUACGAUCAGAUGUGGAACUACCCUUGCGGCAUACUUCGCAACAAACCACAAAGAAAGCAGUAUCAUUCUGGCGAAGGAAGCAAUUCGGCAAGGGCAACGAGCGUUUAUAGGAAAAGUAUCAUCCGAUUGCAAUUGUCCUAGUUAUUAUGUGGAGUCUUCAGAUGAAGCGGUGUCAGAAGCACGUGACUUUGUGAAACGCAUUUUAGAACUUAAGAGCGAAAUAGUCAAGCCAAUUGUCACACCACGAUUCGCCCUUAGUUGUACUGAAAGUUUAAUGGGUAGUCUUGCGAAAAUUGCCAAAGAAAAUAAUGUUAACAUUCAGAGUCAUAUUUCUGAAAACUUGUCCGAAGUUCAGGUAGCGGAGGAAAUGUUUGGCAAGUUAUACGCUCAAGUCUACAAAGAUGCCGGCCUGCUCAGUAAUAAAACUGUUAUGGCUCACGCUGUGCAUUUAAAAGAUCAGGAGUUGAAGAUAUUCAAAGAAACUGGUACUUCAGUGGCACAUUGUCCAGCAUCAAACACUAAUUUGCUAUCAGGAAUGUGUGAUGUCAAAAGAAUUAUAAAUGCUGGCGUUACAGUUGGCCUUGGCACCGAUGUCUCUGGCGGUCACAAUCCUUCAAUUAAGGAUGCCCUCGUUCGUUGUUUGGAUAUAUCUAACCACCUUCAUUUUGUCAGAACGCAGAGCAUCAAAGGCUGUGAGGAGCAACAGAACAUCACGAAUUUCAACAAUGAAUCCAAACCGUUAACUUACCAACAGGCCAUUUACCUAGCAACACUAGGAGGCGCUGAGGCCCUAGCAGUGGAUGAGAAAGUAGGAAAUUUCAUUGUUGGGAAAAGCUUUGAUGCGCUUGUCGUGGAAACUGAUAGCUUCCCGAUAUUUAAUUGUGGAUUGCAGAGCGAGGGCAAAGAACCUGAACGGGAUUUACUUAGACUCGUACAACAAUUUAUCUAUUCGGGCGAUGAUAGGAAUAUAAUGAAAGUGUUUGUGAAUGGGAGACAAAUCAAAUAGUUCGAAAUUUCACGCUUCCAGCAGCACUUCAAAUUUUGUUGAUGUAAAACGGGACUUUAAAUAAAAGUUGAAAAAUUUAUAA